GAUAUAUGUGUACUAUUCGCUUAGACAGUCACUGUCAUUUCAACGGUUGACGCGAGCGCCAGCGAUGUCCCUAAGUCCUAUAACACUGCACCACCUUUUAUGAUGACCAACCAUGGGAUUUAUAUCUGACGCUAUAUUACUCGUAUUCAUCACAGCGAUUGUAGAGUCCAAUGAAGUCAGCGACUGUUCCACAUGCAUCAAAGUCAAUGUAACCUGCUUCAAUGUAUCCUAUCUCUUCGAUAUCCAGGCACCGUUUAGAAAGACUGUCGUGAUAACUAAAUUGGGAGUACUCAGAUCAACUAACACGCUGUAUUUCAGCUUCGAACCGAACAUAGAUGACAUUGAGUACUCCAAAAUCGGUUUCAUAAGUAUGGAGGAACCCACAAACACUUCGGUGAUCGGCGCUAAACAGGCCAUGAAUUUUGGUACAUUCGAUUUCGAUCAAGAUAAUGGUUUGGUAUAUUUGGGAGGCAGCGAUGGCAUUUAUGUGUUGGACACUAACUCUCACAGAGUUGCCCCUUACAGUUCUAGAGGGGAUACGAUUCUUAGUAUGUUUUAUAGAGGCCAUGUUUAUUUUAUAAGAGACAGAGAAUACAAAAUAGUCAAAAAGAAGGGUGAUAAUUUUGAUAUCCUACUUGAUUAUAUACCAGCGAAAAAUUUUGUCAUAAAUAAAUAUAAUGUAAUUGUUUUUUUGAGUAGACACGGCUUAUACGCCUAUAAGAAUAAUGAGUUCUUCCUAUUAUCGAGUAAUGCUUUUUUUAGGGGAUUAACUAUUGAUAACUAUGAAAAUAUUUAUGCAUGGUGGGUGGAUGGGAUAUACAAAAUAACUAUCGGUGAAAAACUUUCUCAGUCUCGAAUAGAUAAGAUUGCUAAUACUCCAAUGAUAGGAGCCCUUACCUUUGAUAAUGAUAAUAAUUUUCUUAUCACAGAAGGUAAGAGCCUUUAUCGAUUGACAGAAACAAAUUCAACUGUGUGUUAAAUUUACUGAACGAUAUAUUUGACAGUAUUAUGGAUUGUUUAAUAAUUUCAAAUCGAAUAUAUUCUUAGAAAAAAGGUUAAUGGUUUAAUAAACAAACAAAGUUUGUGCUUUUACAUUAUUAACCAGACACUAAAAAAAAAAAUUAAUUGUAAAAGUGAAUUUUUUGAUCGGUAAAUAUUUGAUUUUGUUGGAAUUCAGCUCAAACGGUAAUAGCUGUCUAGGACGAGACGGAAGCUGCUAAUAAAUUAACACGGAAUGAGGUCGUC